AUGCACUUCUUCGCCAUCCUAGGUCUUGGUCUUGUUGCCUCUGUUCUCGGAGCCCCCAUCAUUGAUCGACGUGGUAUUGGCAGAGCCACUUCAGUCACCCUCUUGCCGGCGAUCCCCAAGAUGCCCACGAGUGUUCCAAAGGUCGAGGGAGUGAUAAGAGCGGGUAAAGCAGAGAGGCCCCAUGCUCGCCGACGCCUUCGACCCGCGAGGACGCCCCUUCUCUCCGCCCUCACCCACCCUUCAAACGUCGCGCACUCUGUCCCGGAGGCGCACUCGUCUCGCGCGCAGAUGCGCGCCGUCGCUCCCGAAUGCGAGCUCGAGCACGGACCGCCGCCAGCCGCCUUAGUAGCGUGA